GCCAUGCGCUAAGGUUGUGUGGACGCUCAUUUUUUCAAACACUUCUCUCCUUUGCCUGGCAAGGCUUCAGCUGUGAAGAAAUGUCAUUCAGAUUUGGCCAACACCUCAUCAAGCCCUCUGUGGUUUUUCUCAAAACGGAACUGUCCUUUGCUCUUGUGAACAGGAAACCUGUGGUACCGGGACAUGUCCUCGUAUGUCCGCUUCGGCCAGUGGAGCGCUUCCGAGACCUGCGUCCGGAUGAAGUGGCAGAUUUGUUCCAGGCAACCCAGAGAGUUGGCAUGGUGGUGGAGAAGCAUUUCCAGGGGACUUCUCUCACGUUUUCCAUCCAGGAUGGCCCUGAAGCCGGGCAGACUGUGAAG